AUGCCUCUCACAGCAUCCGAUGAGGAUGCCGCAACGCUUUCCUCUCAAGAGCAAUGUUCCUCCUGGGAUCGUCUCAGCGCCCGUGUUGGCGGCGCCUUUAAAGGCGCAGACCCCCGAGUCUGCAUAGCUUUCUGGCUCUUCGGCCUUAUCAACAAUGUCCUAUAUGUGAUCAUCCUCUCCGCAGCUGUAGAUCUAGUCGGACCAGAUGUACCCAAAGGCCUCGUUCUCCUCGCUGACGUGGUCCCGUCAUUCGCGACCAAACUCGUCGCCCCGUACUUCAUCCACCUCGUCCCAUAUUGGAUGCGCACUCUCGUCUUCGCUCUCUUGUCAUCCGUGGGAAUGCUGGUCGUCGCUAUGAGCCCGGGUUAUACAGUUGGUGGAACGAUAUCAUCCAAGAUCGCGGGAAUAGUACUGGCUAGCUUAUCUUGCGGUGCUGGGGAGCUGAGCUUUGUGGGUCUCACGCACUUCUAUGGCCCAUUUAGUUUGGCUGCGUGGGGGAGUGGUACUGGCGCUGCUGGACUGAUCGGAGCUGGUGCUUAUGCCCUCGCGACUUCCGCGAUGGGUUUCUCCGUUCGUGUCACAUUGUUGGUUUCGGCAUGCUUACCAGCCUUUAUGGUUUUAAGCUUCUUUGUCGUGCUACCCAAGUCCCCCCUGAGAUCUGCCGAAUCUGGCGCUGAUAGAUAUCGUGUCGUCGAGGGCGGGGGUCAGGUGGAAGAAGAUGAAAUGGAUGAUGGUGUUGGUGGGGAGGACGAGGGGCUCUUGGGAGAGUCGCGCGAUUCCUCCGCCCACAAGUCUGUCCAUGUCAGUGACGAUGCCCCCUGGCAGGACCAGAUGCGCAAUAAUCUACGUCGCGUCAAGGCACUGUUCAUUCCUUUCAUGGUCCCGAUGCUGCUGGUCUACAUCGCCGAGUACGUGAUCAACCAAGGUGUCGCUCCAACUCUGCUUUUCCCACUGCAUGAAUCGCCAUUUGAGCACUUCCGCUCGUUCUAUCCCACCUAUAAUGCCAUUUACCAGAUUGGCGUCUUUAUAUCCCGCUCCUCCACCCCGUUCUUCCGCAUCCACAAUCUGUACCUGCCAUCGCUCCUGCAGGUAGUCAACCUUGUGCUGCUGAGCCUCCAUGCUAUGUUUAAUUUUAUCCCCACUGUAUGGCUCGUGUUCAUCAUUAUUUUCUGGGAGGGCCUCCUCGGUGGAGUGGUAUAUGUCAAUACCUUUGCCGAGAUUGCCGAUCGUGUUCCCAAGGAGGAUCGUGAAUUCUCAUUGGGAGCUACUACUGUCAGUGACUCGGCCGGUAUCUGCAUUGCUGGCUUCAUCAGUAUGGGGUGGGAGGUCUGGUUGUGCAGUUGGCAGGUUGGACAUGGGCACCACGUCUUGGGGAGACCUUCCACCCGCUUCCGCAAAAUCCAAGUAUUUGCAGUUGUCUCUUUCUGGUCCAUUUACUUAUUAAGAGCAGAUAGACAUGGCCCACCAUUUAUUCGAUCCCUGUCAUCCCGCUUCACAGGAAAGUUGACAACAUGGCAGACAACGGUUAUCAUCUUCCUUUGGCUUUAUCUCAGCCGGAACUUCGCCAAGAUCGUCGGGCUCGAAUGCCCUGAGCCAUUGGCAAACAUGUACUCGCGGUCUUUCUUCCGAGCAACAUGGAUCACCACUGGUCUGGAUGCUGGAUUCUGGACCGCGAUGAACAUAAAGCCAAAAUGGCUACGAGAUAUAGCAUCACUCGUCUUCACAGCUUACUAUCUGAUUGCCGCCGAACAGGCCGACGAGAAAGUUCGUCGGGUCCGUGCUACCCUGACACUAGAGCAUCUGCGCGUGUCUUGGAAUAAAGCCACCAGCCCUUACCUAUGGUCAUUGGCGAAACUGCUACGGCCCCGAAUGACUCAGUUCCCGGCUCGAGCGAUUCGUAUUCCUCGCCCAAGGAAGUCUGUCUACACCGAGCCAGUGAAUGCGUGGCUAUAUUUCGAUGGUCCCUUAAGCGCGCUCCGAGAUCAGAGCUUCAUCGUCCUGGAUGUACCCGGUGGUGGGUUUGUGGCUAUGAGUCCCAGAAACUCAGAGGACAAGCUAUUGUCUUGGGCAGGACGACUCAAGGUGCCCAUCCUCAGUAUUGAUUACCAGAAGGCACCGGAAUUCGCAUACCCGUACGCACUACAUGAAUGCUACGAUGUCUACCAUAGCAUCAUUGCCACGAACGGUCGUUGUAUGGGUCUGAGUGGUAAGACCCGUCCUCGGAUUCUUGUCACUGGCGAAAGUGCCGGCGGCAACCUGGCAGUUGGUAUGACCUUGAUGGUGUUGCAGUCUGCGAUGGCUCAGGGCUGGCGUGGAGAGGAUGUGCUCCCGGCCCCGGAUGGUGUGGUUUUGGGAUACCCUGCGUUGAACAUGAAGGUUGAGAGCUGGAUGAGCGAUGAGCAAAUGUCGUUGAUCCAGGAGAAGAGCACCCGCCAGACAAACCGCAGUGUUCUGCAACGGAAACAAGAUGAAUAUCGUAAACUCACGCCAUUCACAUCGCCAGGUCGCUCGGUCGAGGAUCUAACUUCUAUCUCACCACCUGAGAAGGUAAAGGAUAGCAAAGAGCCCAAUGUGGCCGCCGAAGCUGCCAAAGCACUGGAGAAAAAACUCCAGAAGAGCGAGGACCUAGCCCCGAAACCUGUUGCCAAAGCAGAAGACGAAGUCAAACCAAUCAAGACUAGACUAGCCGUCUCGUCCAUGAUCACCUAUGUCCAUGACCGUAUCCUCACACCUGAAAUGACGCGUGCGAUGAUCAUUCUAUACAUCGGACCCCAUCAUCGCCCUGACUUCAACACCGAUUUCCUCCUCUCUCCCGUCCUGGCCCCAGAUGCUUUACUUGCCCGCUUCCCGAAAACAUAUAUCAUGACCGGAGAGCGAGAUCCUCUGGUUGAUGACACGGUCAUAUUUGCAGGCAGACUGCGCCAAGCAAAGCUGCACCAGUUCCGUGAGCGCCAGGACCUAGGAUUGGAGAGGUCUAAACGCCCCUUCAAUGAGAGAAACUACGUCGAGAUCUCUCUGAUCCCUGGUAUUUCACACGGAUUCAUGCAGAUGGCUGGCUUUUUCCCCGACGCGUGGAAGUAUAUCCACCGUAGCGCGGACUGGCUUGAGACUCUGUUCCAGAAGAUCAAGACAGAUGACCUCGAGGCGGAUUUGCUUUACCCUGACCGGGAUGUGAAUACUUUGAGUGGCAAUCCUUCCCUUGAAUGGUCUAGCCCUACAGAGCACAAAUCAAACGCUUCACAGAAUGGACGUAACCACUCUCGCAAGUUCACUGGCGAGUCUUCGGGUGAUGAUGACAGACCACUGGAAAUGAGCAUGAGCAAGAUCGCACCCGUUGCUGGUACCGAGGCUGCAUCCACAUCGAAGGCUGAACACCGCACGCGUCGGAGGAGAUCACAUUCUUCUUUUGCUUCCUCGCGAGUCACUGGGUUUACAUCAUUGGCAGAUGAUCGCAAUGCUAAGGAGGAUUUCCUCGCUAAGCUUCGACAUUUGGAGAGAGCGGGUCGUUCGCAAGACACUUUCGAUCCUGAUGAGACAAACAGUGCGCCUGAAAGUCCGGGUGCGGUUCGUCCGAGAGGACGAAGCAUUGCUUCUCUUGAUAGCGAAGAGGAUUUGCUGGAUCGUCGUAUGAAUGGACUCGCUGGUGGGUUGAUGGGGAUCGGGGAAGGGGCUCAGACUCCCGGGCUGUGA